GAGUGGGAAGGAAGGUCUUUUUGCAUAGCAGCUUAUUAUUUAUUGAUGACAAAUAGAAAAAAACAAUUAGCUCAGCCUAGGCGUUAUUUCAAAAUCUAAAUUGGGAUCUUCCAUGAGUGAAAUACCACACCCCAGAACAGUGAAAGAAAUUCGCCUAAAGCAAGAUGCGCAUCAGUGGAUAAAGGGUUAGGAAUCAAGAACGCGCGCCUGCCUCCUCUCCCCCCGGCCUGAGCCGCCCCUCCCAUCGCCCUUUCUCCUUCCCCAGGAAAUGCAGGGCUGAGAGGCGACAGCCUGAGUGAUGCUCGCCAGCUCUGGGCUGGUGAAAGCGCACGACCUCCCGGUCCCUGGAGCCUGCUAGUGUGUCUGGCGUGCGCAGAGCGAUGGAGGCCUCCUGGCUGGAAACGCGAUGGGCGCGGCCUUUAUACCUGGCGUUCGUGUUCUGCCUGGCCCUGGGACUCCUGCAGGCCAUCAAACUCUACCUACGAAGGCAGCGACUGCUGCGGGACCUCCGCGCCUUCCCGGCGCCUCCCACCCACUGGUUCUACGGGCACCAGAAGUUUCUUCAGGAAGAUAAAAUGGAGAAGCUUGAGGAGACUGUUGAAAAGUAUCCUUGUGCCUUCCCUUGUUGGGUUGGGCCCUUUCAGGCAUUUUUCUUUAUCUAUGACCCAGACUAUGCAAAGACAUUUCUGAGCAGAACAGACCCCAAGUCCCAGUACCCAUACAGGUUCAUGACUCCGUGUCUUGGAAAAGGACUCUUGAAUCUAGAUGGGCCCAAGUGGUUCCAGCAUCGGCGACUACUGACUCCUGGAUUCCAUUGUGAUAUCCUGAAAACAUAUGUCGAUAUGAUGGCCCAUUCUGUGAACACGAUGUUAGAUAAGUGGGAGAAGAUUUGCAGCACUCAGGACACAGCUGUGGAGGUUUUUGAACACAUCAACUUGAUGGCCCUGGACAUAAUCAUGAAAUGUGCUUUCAGCCAGGAGACCAACUGCCAGAUAAAUGGCUCCCUUGAUCCUUAUGUAAAAGCAACGGUUGAACUCGGCAAAAUUAUAUUUUAUCGAAUGUACAAUUUCUGGCACCACCAUGACAUAAUUUUCAAAUUCAGCCCUAAUGGCCACCUCUUCCAAGAGUUAAGCAAAGUGCUACAUCAACACACAGAAAAGGUAAUCCAGGACAGAAAAAAAACCCUCAAGGCUGAAAUGAAGCAGGAUAACACUCAAAAGAAAAAGUACCAGGAUUUCCUGGAUAUUAUCCUUUCUGCCCAGGCUGAAAAUGAAGACAGCUUCUCCAAUGCUGACCUGCGGUCCGAGGUGAACACGUUCAUGUUGGCUGGGCAUGACACCUCGGCCGUGAGCCUCUCCUGGCUCCUCUACUGCCUGGCUCUGAACCCUGAGCAUCAGGAGAGAUGCCGGGAAGAGAUCAGGAGCAUCCUAGGGGACGGGUCUUCCAUCACCUGGGACCAGCUGGGUGAGAUGUCAUACACCACAAUGUGCAUCAAGGAGAUGUUCCGAUUGAUUCCUCCAGUCCCGUCCAUUUCCAGAGAACUCAGCAAGCCCCUUACCUUCCCAGAUGGACGCUCCUUGCCUGCAGGAAUCACCGUGGUUCUCAGUAUCUGGGGUCUUCAUCACAAUCCUGCUGUCUGGAAAAGCCCAAAGAUCUUUGACCCAUUGAGAUUUACAAAGGAGAAUUCUGAUCAGAGACACCCUUAUGCCUUCUUACCAUUCUCAUCUGGACCAAGGAACUGCAUCGGGGAGCAGUUUGCCAUUCUGGAGUUAAAGGUGGCCAUUGCCUUGAUUCUGCUCCACUUCAAAGUGACUCCAGACCUCACCAGGCCUCCUGUCUUCUCAAACCACAUUAUCCUCAAACCCAAGCAUGGAAUCCAUUUGCACCUGAAGAAACUCCCCGAGUGCUAGAUCCACAAGUACAAUGACUUAUUAUACUUUAAUAUACAUUUACAGUUAACGGUUCAAGCAAAUAGAGAGGAAUCAACAUGCGGUAAGAGGGCUGGAGAUAGAUGGAUUAAGGGAUAUCUAUAGAGCUGCACAUUCCCUAAGGACAUUUCCAGGUAACUCCUAACACAGUUUGUUUGUGUGGUUCCAACUAUCAUUAAUACUAUAUACCAAGCACUUUGCUAAGUGACUUCCAAACAUAUUCUGUUGUUUUUUUUAAAAAGUUUUUAGAAUUACAUGAUAGAUGAAUAUAUAAAUAUUUGCUGUAAAAGAAAUUCAACAUUAGAAAAGCAUGUAGAAUAAAUUAAAAAUUUCAUUUUACCUUGCCCAUACUAAAUGCCCUGACCAAUCCUACUACCUUUAAAAAAAAGAAUAAUUUGGUAUGUAUUAUCUCAUAUUUUUUCCUAUAUAUUUCACAUAUAUACACAUAGGAAUGUAUUCUUACCAAUGGGUUCAUAUCAAUAUUGUUCUUGCUUUUCUCACUUAAUAAAAGUCUAUCUCAUUCCAAGGAUUUAUGGUUUUCUAUAAUAUGAAUAUUCUAUUACUUAUUUGACUAUUUUCCUCAUUAGAUAUAUAAGUUAUUAUAAUUUUUAAAAUGUAUCUAUUGGCCAUUUAUGUGCCUAUUAGCCGUUUAUCUUUGAUUUGUUCUCUGUGAUUUGUCUGCACAUCAUCUGUUUGUUUUUCUAUGAUGUUGUGUUUCUCUUAUUUACUCAUAUAUGUUCUUUAUAUAUUGUGGAUAAUAAUCCUUGAUUAUAACUUUUUGUAUUCUUUUAAUUUCUUUUAAACUGUAUUUAUAAUGUCUUUUACCAUGCAAAACUUUUAUAUUUUCAUGAUCCAAGACAUAUACAAGUUUUUCCUUAUGUUUUCUGAGUUUUGAUUCUUGAAUAAGAAAGCCUUCAUUUUGAAUAUUACAAAAAUAUUCCACAUAUUUUUCUGGUGCUAGCCAUUCUUGUGAAGCCUGAAUAGGGAAUUUGUUAAUGAUUUCCAUAUCCAUCACUCAUUGAAGCCUAAUCAGAAAUCUAGACUUAUUUUUAAGGGUAAAGGAAGCCCUUUAAAGGUUUUGCACCACAGGUAGGACUUGAGGUUAGAAAAGUUUGCAUUUGUUAUAUGGAGGAGUAAGAGUGGAAACAAAGAAAAGGGCCCAAUCAAAAAGGUAUUAUGAUCGUACAGGUAAGAGAUGAUGUUGCCUGACAAGGAUGGUGGCAUUGAAGUUGAAGGUAAAUGGAUGUGAGAAGGAUUUUGAUGGUGUUUGGUAGAGUAGCUAGAAUUUGUUAAUUGGUUGAAAGUACAGAAUCAGUAAAGGGAGAUAAUCCAAGAUUUGAGAAGCCUUGGUUACAAGACUAUCACAUCCAACCAUGGAAACACUUCUGAUAACACUUGCGAUCACUAGACAUCCAUCAGUGCUUUGCCUUUUGACAUUUUGAAUAUAGGGAAAUCCUGUAAUGAAGGAUAUCAGACCUGAGGGCUGUAAUAAGAACAAAAGUUUAGUGUGAGAGAGAGUAACUUGUGGGAUCAAGAAUUCCCUUAGCCAGAUGGAAAAUCCACCAUCUUGGAUUUAAUGAAAUCCGUAUACUGCCAAAGAUGUAUGAGGGUAUAGAUAGAUUUCGCCCUCAAAUAUAGUGAUUCCAAAUGCCUCUAAAAAAAAAUAUCUAGCAAGUUCACAUAAUUCUGACAUAGUUCCUACUUUCUUUUUGUCUCCUCUGUAUCCAUUUGUAUGAUUGUGAAAGACCCUCAACUACCAACUUCACUAGUUUAAUUGGUAAUCUAUACACAGUGCUUCAGUGCCAAGAAGGGAGACAGCGGAGCUUUUGUGAUCGCAGUGGCUAUGGUCAUGAGUGCUUAAACCAUUCUGGAACUUACAGCAGUAAUCAUACUUGUGAUGGACCUGAAUGGAGAUUUCCUUUAUAAAUUAACCUGUAUGUCUUUUGGAAAUCUGGAUGAUUAUUGAUUACUGAACUCUAAAUGUUGUGAAUGUGGUGAACCCUGUUCCAGAUACUAUUUCUAUUUCUAUUUUAAAAGCCCCAUCCCAGGCCCUUCUUCAAAUGGGCCAGUUGUUUGUGGCAGAGAUGACUCAGCAACAUCUCUUCCAUGUGCUUUGUUCACUCCUACAGAAAUAGAAGGUCUAGCUGAGUGCAAAGCUGCCAGCUACAGACUGCAUUGUCUAAAUCUCCUUUUCAACUAGAUGCCUGCUGGAACUAGAUUUGGGGCAGAGCUGUAAGCAGAAGUGAUAUGCACAACUUCCAGCUAAUAUCUUAAAAAUAAAAGGUCCAUGAUCUCCCUUCCCCCCCCCCCCUAUUGCCUUCCUACUUUACUGAAGGCAGAUGUGGUGACAGGAGUAGAACCACUAGAUCAGACCAUAAGCUGGAGGCUUUGUGUUCAAGAUGCAGAACUAGAUAGAAGUAGCCUCAUGACUGCAGGACCCUGUAGAACCACCUUCCUACCUCUGGGCCACCCACCUCCUUAAGACUACAAUAUUACCUCUCUCUAUACCAGCUCAUUCCUUGGGCCACCAAAUGUCUGGGCUUAUUUUCUUCCCAAAUAUGAAGACAUUUACCCCCUCCUCAAGGAUGCUAACAAAAUGUCUAGCUAGCUAAAAGACCAAUGUCUCUAACUUAUGCACAUUUCUCUUCAUCAGCCUGGAUGUGAGUGACUCUUUGUGUUCCAGGGGCCUAUGAACUAGGUAUAUUCACCCUUUAUCCAAUGUACAUGAUAGAGCCGAGUUAGAGCGACUGCAGUGAAAACUCCCAACUCUAUCCCAUUAAACUUGCUAUACAUGACUGUGUAACCAAGCUUGGGCCAAUGGAUAUAAAUAAAUUUGAUGUGUGCAA